UAAACGUUAUUUAUUUAUUUUUUUUUUUUUGCUGUUUAUAUUCAUUAAAUAGCACCGAGCUGAAAUGCCACCGAAAGCAGCUAAAAAGGGCUCCGCUAAAAAGUCCAACGCUGCUGGAGGGGCCAACAAAAACUGGGAGGCUGGUCUCACCAAAGCUCAGUUUGAAGAGGAGUCAUGGCAGGCCUGUGUGUCUAUGGUGGUUGGGAGCAGUCCAGAGGAGGAGGAGGAGCUGAUGAAGGCUCUGGCUUUGGCCGUACAGCAACCGCAACGCAAACUUUUCUCUCUGUUAACAUGGGACGGCACCCAUGCGAAGAUCCAUGAACUGGGAAAUACCAAAGCAAAAAAGACUGAUGACUUCCCCUUGUUCUAUGAGGUUACUGAGCCUGCUAAGGUCCUGCUGGACGCAGGAGAGGAGAUUCCUGGUGACCUGAUGGCGAACUUACUGAAGUUUCAGCUCCUGGAGGUCAAAGCCAAUGAUCAGCAGCGGAGGGAAGCUGAAAAGUCUGAGGGGGAAAAAGCAAAGGUGAAACCCUCCUCUGACAGCAAGGACAAAGGUGGAGCCAAGGUCCCCGACCAAAAGGAGAAGAAAACCAAGCUGAAACGAAGGGAUGAUGUUGAUCCGCCCACUUACAUAGAUGAUGAGCCAGACGACGGUCCUCAACACUACAUUUUGUUGCUGGGCUUCCACCAGCCGCACCUGAUUGCGUUGCUCGAUGCCAUAGGUGUACGUGUGGCUAAUGUCAUCAGGUUGUGUUCGGAGCACGGCCAAACUGCUGAAGGGCCGCAGGAACUACCGGGCGGUGAGGACAACGAGCAGAGUCUCAGAGCUUCUCCUGUUUUAGAUGCAGAAACAGCCGUUCAUGCUAGCGUGGAGCUGGCCAGGAAGUUGGAUCUCUUCUGGUCCGGUCUGAGAUCCGUUCUGGACAGCGGGCCACCAGACUCUCAGCUCCACGAUGUCGUUCAGCUCAGCUACGCUGUCAAAGAUCCGUCGCUUCCCUUCCACACACAGGACCCCGAGGCUGUGAUGGAGUUGGGAAGCCGGAUAUUUGAAGGUGUGGCCACUCUAAUUUACGACUGUCUGGACUGGCGCAGGCAGCAUCAGCACUACAGAAACAACCUCAAACUCCUCGAUGUACCCCUGGUUUCUGGGUUGGACUCACAGCCUGAAGAGCCAGCCGUUCUCCGCACCCCACGCUCCAAGAAGAAGUCAGCUCGGGAAGACCAAGAAGAAGCCAAGCAGCAGGUUCUAUCUGUAGAUGUUGACAUGUGUUACUAUGACAGCCUACUGGACCUGGUUCCCCCCGAGGCCUACACUGUGCCCCUGAUCUUACACUGUAUGCUGGAACAGGUGGCGAUAUCUGCAAAUGAAUCCGCGCUGCCCCACGUGGAGGAGCUGCCCAGACCUGCCGACGCUUCGUGGUUAGACCAUCAGCUCGUCAGCUACAUGCUCCAAAGCUUCCUGCCUCUUGCGGGCACAGACGAGGAGAAAAGCCGCAUGUUAAACAACCUCCUAACUACAGUACAGAAUGACGAAGAUAAAAAGAGGCUGGUGGAGAAGUUUGGAGCUGUGGAGGCUCAGAAGAAGUCUGAGCAGCUUGUUAUCAGACACCAUGAUCAGAGAGCACUGCGCUUGAGGGACAUUAAUCCGGCUCAAGGUUUCAGUCCAUCAGACGUGGAAGUGUCUGUGAUGAGACUUUCUCCGGUGUGGAAGCUGAUUGAGUCGGUGGCUCAGGACAGAAACAGCGACUCCUGCUGGAUGCAGCUCAAACAACAACUACAAUACUACUGCACAGAUGAUGUUCUGUCGUGGCCUGAGGUGGAGCGUUUGUUUCAUCAGAGUGUGUUUGAGGCUAUGCCACUGACCAGGUUGGAUCAGCAUGGUGUGUUACAGUAUGUUGCUAAACCACUGGGAGGACUGGAACAAGCACAGCAGCACGCCCCAACGAUAAUCCCCUGGGACAACCCAUUGUCCUAUGCUAAACAGCAGCUUCAUAGCCUGCGGACUAAAGGGCUGGUGUUUCUCACUGAAGACCCAGAGAACGCUGAGCAGUUUAGUGGUAGAGUUUGCAGCCAGCUGGAUUUAUCCGACAUGCAGAGCUGUAGGAUGAGAUCUCUAUUUGACUGGCACUACGCUGAACACCAUGAUGCUACUGUCUUCCCACAGGUGCUUCAGUUAGCCGCAGAGGAACACCAGUGCCUCGACGCCUUCAGAGGAAGCCAUAAAAACAUCCUGUAUGUUUGUUGCCACGAUCCCAUGAGUCCUCAUCGUCAGUCCAAAGAGCUGUGGGAUGCGGCCCUUCACACCGAUGUCAAAUUCAGAAAGUAUCUUGAGCAUGUGGCGGACAGCAUUUCAAACUGGACGAGAGAGGAGGAAUUAAAGAGAGCGGCCAUGCAGAUCAGAAACGACAGCCCUGCUGACUCUCAAAAGUCAAAAGGACCAGAUGAAAAUGCUGAAUGUCCUGUACAGCAGGAGGGAACCGUGGAACCAGUCAUCAGAAAAGACUCCCUCAAAGCCUGGAAGUUGGAGCAAGAGCGACUGAAGGAAGAGGAGAUGAACAAAAAGUCUAAGAAAGAUAAUGUACCAAAAGGAAAGCAGCAGAAAGAGGACGGCAGGUCGACGGACAACAACAAAAGUAAAACACCUAGUGGGAAGAAGAACAGACCGGAAACAGCAGGCAGCACACGCAAGACUCCCGCAGGGUCCGUUAUUACCACAGCACCACCUAUGGAUGAAAGUAAAGAACUGCACCUGACAGAGGAACCUUUCAAUGGUUUCAUCGGCUACAGCAUGGACGGACAGCUGAUCCGUGUGUCAGGCCGUCUCCAGAACCUCUUCCCCUCAGAUGGGGGACGUAUCACUGUGGAGAACAUCAGCUACGUGGAAGGUUCCAGCCUAAUGAAAGUGACUGUGAAGAAGGACGGACAUCGUUUCCACACACACAUCAGUCACACGUCAAUCAAAAAAAGCUCCGACCCAAAGAACGACUGUAAAGCACCAAAGCCCGCGGAGAUGAGACGAGUGAAGCAGGGCUCCCUCUCAGCGGUGCUCAGCAACGGAAUUCACCUCUCGUACAGUUUCUACGGUCCAACAGGAGAAAACACAGCGAACUCCCAGGAAGCAGAAACCCCAGAGAACCCCAUCACGGACCCCGUCCCCCUGUCCUCCUCCACCAAUCGCUCUAAGAGAACAGACGUAGAGUCGCUUCCCUCCAAGACAAAAACCCCGUCCAGCCAGACCAGACCUCCAGAGUCCCAGGGGUGUGAAGGACAGCCAGCAUUGCCAUCAAAUCCAUUCAACAGCCUCAGCAUGUCUGUUCCUAAUGGCCUACUGCUGCAGUUUCUGCCGGAGGAUACACAAGAGGAUAAGAGCAUUAUGGUGAGGCAAAGUUUUCCUCUGCAUGCCAGAGGAGAGAUGAGUCAUCUUCAGGACGCGCCCCUCUCCAAAGAAGUGUCUCGUGUUAUCACCUGCCAGGGAGCCGUGAUCCGUUACAUGAGAGACGGCUCCACAGAGGUGCUGUUCGCGAAUGGCUCGGUCAGUUUCAGUCAGGAUUCUGGUCCGGUGUGGGUACCUGACUCUGAGGUUCAGGAGGAAAUAUCUAAUCAGGAAGCUGAGGAGGACAAUGAAGAACAGAGUACGGGGAAGGAGGCCGAGGCUCAGAGAGGGUGCUGGCUAACCACGACUCCAUCUGGGGAUCGCAUCUACACUGUCGGGACUACGCACAAACACAUACCCACCACCUCUCUUCUUACCUUUAAGGCUACAGAUCCCUCUACACAUCAGGUGAUGCUGAACCGGGAAGAUCUUGUGGUUUUAGUCCAGAAUCCAGACGGAUCUCUAAUUGUGGAACAUGCAGAUGGGACUAGAAUGACCAGCCUGUACCAAGACAGGCCCCUAAAUGCAGAGCAGCACACAGGGGAUCAUCCAGAGAGCGUCACCCCCAAAUCCACCUCUCAGUUCGUGUCCGGCUCCACUGAAUACGAGUGCGUCACGCGCUGCGUGGACAGCAUCAGCGAGAACACGCACGCUCAGGACGUUUGUGAUAAGAAAGAGAAGAACAGCAGGAACAGCGCAGAAAGCACGCGCGACAAGGAGGCCUCUGCUCACGCUUGCACAAAGCUGAGUGAGAUUAUGAGCGGCGAAAGCAGCGCGCACAACAGCAGUGAGCAGAGCUUGUCUGUUGAAGGGAGCCCCACUGAGAAUAGGAAGGCGAGCGUUUGCGAGAGUGAGAAGGGGAGUUCGUCCACCAAAGAGCGGGUGGUGUUGGUGGAGAAGGAAGGCUGCGCCUCAGUGGUGAUGUACCCAGAGCGUCACACGGCCCACAUCUUUUUAGCAGACGGGACCGUCGUCACUGGGAACCACCAAGGAGAAUAUCAGGUGUUCCCCUCAGGUGCAGGACUCUUGCACAUCCAACGUGACGGAAAGUGUGUGUACUCCUCCGACCCGCUCGUCACCCCAAGUCCAAAGGGUUCCACCCCCACUAACCAGCCAGGGAUGUACACCAUGAGCCACACGGAAAUGGUGGCCUGUGACAUCACAGACCCCGACGGAAACCACUUCCAGGUGAUGGAGGACGGGCAGAUAUCGGUGUUAAACUUCAGCCCGGCUCCAAGCACACUUAAACAUUAUGAGGAAGAGCUGGAGUUGCAGGAGGAGGAGGACAGAGAAAUUACCAGGAUUCAUGCAAAACACAGAGAAAACAGCCCCAGGCUAUUUCUGGUGCGCGAGGACGGCUCAGGCACUGAACUGCUGAGCUCUCACGCUGUAGAGGAGCUCCUUUACCAGGCGUACUCUGACCCUACCAUAGCGCUGCUGAAGGAACCACUGUCAGACACACAAGAUGAGUUUGGCAUCACCAUCCUAAAACCCAGCCAUCAGAGUGUGUGGUCCCAGUGGUUGCUAGGCAAACAGAACCCUGACAUCACACCUCCUAACUUCAGAAACCGCAGCUGGCAUGACUUCCCCAGAGCAGAGACAAAGACCAAAGGGCCUCAGUUUGGUACUGACAUAGGGCGAGGUCUGACCCUGAGGGCAAGGCCUGGUGGUUCCUCAGCUGCUCAACAGCAGCCUGUCAAGACGUGUCCAAGGGUCCUGGAGAUGAGGGAACUGUACCAGCACCGACCGUUCACCACACCACUCAAAAAUACCAUAGACUCACGACUGAAGGAAUACAUAGAGAGCUUGAUGGAGAGGGAGCAGCGGUCAGAAGAGAUGAAAGUUAAAGACCCUCGCACCGAGGAGGACAGUGCCAAUGCCAGUGAUCUCCUCAGUCUGAUUCUGUCUUUUGAAGAGGAAGAUGAUCCAAGCCACAAAAUCAAAAAGAAUGUUUCAGUGGAGGUAGCCAGCAUGUACAGAGAGGGAGUCAGAGCCCCAGACGAGCAUUCAGAUGUUUCAGAAGACUCCACCACGGCUUCUACUGACAGUUUGGAGAGGUUCAAAAAUUGUACCACUGCAAAAGAUUCCAAAUGGACAGAGAGACUUGCCCAACACAGACAGGAGAUGUACGCGGAGAAAACUCACAAAGAGGCUCUGAGGAAGAAGGACGUCGUCCCCUUUUUCCACCCAGAAAACACUCCAUUAUACCAGUGUCGGCCACGGCUCCAAACACCCGACAUGAGGAGCCUUUCCAUGGAUCUCCCACCGAUCCCCACGUCACACAGUGCUGAGUCCUUCCUGAAAGAUGCCCCGCAGGAGAGCACCCCGAGGCCCUUAAACCCGACGCCCUCUCAGUCCGCAAGUCACGCUACAGGAAGUGAAAGGAAGCCUGAAGAGAGACCCACCACCCCUACAGAACACAUCGUUGGUGAAAACGGUCUGAGGGGUUCAUCUAGGCAGUACGGGUCAGUCCAUGUGGAUGUGACUGGAAAACCCAGGAGGACUAAAGUCAGACUGCCAACGUCCAUCCUCAGCAGUAAACCCAGGAGCAAACCCAAUCAGCAGUUCCUGACAGUGGAGGAGCCGGUGAGGAGGAGGUGUCGAACGAUUUCUCUCACCGAUCCCGCCGCCGUAGUGAGGGGCUUCCACCUCCUCCCAUCCAGCGUUGACUUUGGUACGCUGCAGGAGGGCACCACGUCAGCCAUUACCGUGGUGAUGAAGAACGUGGGGGUGGACACAUGCAGGUUCCAUGUGAAGCAGCCUCCUCCUGCUACAGGCCUCCGGGUCAUCUACAGUCCGGGGCCUGUGGCUGCAGGACUACAGGUGGAACUGCAGGUCCAACUGUUUGCCAUGUGUGCCACCCAAGCAGGUGAAGCAGAGCCAAAGAGGCACGUGUCCCAGGAUGUCAUCAUCCACACGGAGACAGAGAUCCUCUAUCUGCCUGUCACUGCUACCAUCCUUCCUGAGAGAUCAUAUGACAUCUGGCUCAGGGAGCACACCGGUGCACACAAAAAGAAGGGCUCCAGGCUUCCAGCGGCUCGGGGGAUUCACGCACAAAUGAACCAGCACUUCUGAUCAUUGGUCAGCGUGUCACUGAAACACAAUCUCAAAUGUUUUGUCUUAGAAAUAUAGAAAGGUUGUCACUUGUUUGUGUUUGUGCAUUUCAGGACAUAUUAAUGGCACCUAUGACCGGAUCCUCGUGCCAAAAUCGUACAUCCCAAAAAAAUACAAUAUGUUAAUGUAUUUUAAUAUGAAGUUUGAAAUAA